AACACCAACUCCUCGAAUGCCUCCCGACGCUACGCAUCGCCGGGAUCAAUUCUCAGUCCCACCCUCCCCAUUCUCGGGUUUCUCUUCUUGAUCAUUCUCCCUAUUUUUGCACCAAAAAGAGGGAGACCAUCCCACUCUGAUCGGUGCGUCGUGUUGGAUUUUCGAGGAGAUGGUUUUAUUUCUUGGAGAGAUUGAAUCUUGGAUUUGGGGAUUUGGUGUUGUGUUCUCUCCCACCAUCUUGGAGGAAACCUUCUUGCUGGGCCGAGUGAAUCGCCGGUCAGGAGGGGAACUGGGUUUAAGGUGGUGAUUUCCGACGCUGCUGAGAAGAUCGGCAAGAGAAUUUUUAUGCCGAUGAUCCUGGUGCCACCGCAGAUAUCGGCCGCAUGAAUACCGGCGCCGUGGAAUGGGCCUUGCCAUUACCCCUCCCUGUCAAUCCUUGGAAGACAGGGAUAACCAUGGAUGAUUUGUUUGACAUCAAUGCUGUAAUUGUUCAGGCAUUUUGUGAUGGAAAUGCUAAACGCUGUCUGAAGGCAAAGGUUAACCUGGUUGCCGAUUCACCAAACUCUGCUGUUCCCAUACCACCUGAGGAUUAUAAGACAGCUGGUCUCGGACAAAGGUCUAGAGAGAGAUGAAAGGCCAACUUUGUACUGUAUUCCUCUGUCAAUGACAAGUGAGACUUUGCAGUCACAUAAUCAUGUGUUGUGUUAAUGGUGUUGCGAGUCUUGAUUAAAGGUGGUGAAGAAAGGUUUAGAGAGCGAUGAAAGUGUAACUUUCGUGCUAUUCUUUUUUCCUGCACCGAAGUGACAAGUAUAAGCCCAUGGUUGCAAUUUUGGUGCCUGGAAAAAUGUUGUAUACUCCAGUCACAUGACCAUGUAUGUAUGGUGUUCGUAGUCGAGGCUCGGUGAAUGAUGAAGUAAAUAAAGCUCGUCCUCUUUUCCGGCAUCAGUUACAAAUCAGAGGUAC